AUGACGACACAGAAGCCUCCCUCGGAAACACCAGCACUCCCCCCUAACGUAAUAAUCUUCAGCCCGAAAUCACCGUCAUCCGUCGACGCCCUUCUCAACGCUGGCAUCUUCACCCGCCUUGUCACAAGUUCAUCCUGCACGCCCGCCAAACUAGCAGCCGUCAAGAAAUAUCCCGGCGUGCAGGACGAUUUCUAUCUUAUCCACCGCAACGCUGUGCUCAUCUUUGAUGGAGGCGACGAUGAGGAUCUUCAUCAUGAGCAUUUUAGGUUGAUUUGUCUUGCGCUUAAAGAGCAUGAUAUUGGACUCGAUGUUGCGGGCUGUAUACAUGAUGCGACGGAUGCGCUUGCGGCGGGGUUCCAGCUUGAUAAGCUGAGUGAUAAAGCGGCCUUGGUAAUCGAUCUUGUCGUGGAGGAGGAUAGUGAUUCGGAUUCGGAUGCUUGA